AUGGAGAAGCAAGGGCUGUCGCAGCCGCUGCUGCGCGGCGUGGACGACACGGCCCAGGCGCGGCAGGCGUGGGGGCCGGCCAGCCUGGAUGACCUCGAGGCGGCGGCGGCGCUGCAGCCCAACCCCUCGCUCGCGUCCUCCGCCGUGUGGGCCGCCGUGCAGGAGGUGUUUGAGGAGCCCGCCACGCAGUUCCCGCAGAGCUCGCUGUGGGAUACGACAAUGAACCUGACCAACUCCAUCCUGGGGGCCGGCCUGCUGGCGCUGCCGCACGCCUUUGCCGGGCUGGGCGUGGCGGGCGGCGUGGCGCUGAUCGCCGCCGUGGGCGUCAUGACGCAUGCCAGCAUCGUGCUGAUGCUGAGGUGGGCGGGGGGGCCUACAGAGCGCACCGGCAAGCUGACCUACUGCGCGGUGAUGGAGCAUGAGUGGGGGCGGUGGGCGGGCGCCGCCGUGCGCUUCUCCAUCAUCGUCGGCAGCGCCGGCUUCCUCGUCCUGUACCUCAUCGUACUGGCAGACCUGCUCGUGGGCACGGAGCAGUACAGCGGCAUCAUCCCCGACCUCUGGCCGCAGCUGCCCGACCCGCUGCCCUGGUACCUGCAGCGUACCGCCAUGCUCACAUGGGUGACCCUCAUAGUGGCCCCCUCCUUGUGGCCCAAGACGCUAGGGGAUGUGGCUCCCAUCAGCGUCAUGAAGAUCUGCUGCACCUUGAUGUGUGUGGUGGCUCUGGUGGUGCUGUGUGUGGCGCUGGCGAUACAGGGCCACCUGCCGCAGGUGCGCUGGCUGCCCGACCCCGCCUUCUUUGGGGACGGCUCCUGGGAGCGGCUCAAAAACGUGCUGGCCACCAUUCCCGUCAUCAUGACGGCGUGA